AUGGUCUCUCCUCGCCCGGCGUCAGCCGCCCUGCUGCGCGCGCUGCGGCGGACAGGCCUAACAACCCAAUCAGCGUCCCGCGCGGCUGCGACGUCACCCCCCCUCCGAACGGGUUCCCGGCCUGCGGUUGCUGCUGCUGCUGCUGCCGCCUCCGCCGCCGCGCCGCUCGAAUGGCGCCGGCCGAGCUCGACCUACUCCUCCGUCUCCCCCGAAGAGGUCGAGCACUUCAACAUCCUCGCCGCCGACUGGUGGGACCCCCACGGCUCCUCGCGCCUGCUGCACCUGAUGAACCCCCUCCGUCACAACUUUAUCCACGACUGUCUGGCCAGCCAACCCGAAGGACCUGGCCCGACGCCGCCGACGCGGUUCCUCGACGUCGGCUGCGGCGGCGGCAUCUUUGCCGAGAGCGCAGCCCGGCUCCCCGACACGGCGAAAGUGACGGCCGUCGACCCGACGCCCGGCGUGCUCGCCAUCGCAAAGGGCCACGCGCGCCGCGACCCGGCGCUCAGGGGCAAGCUGGAGUACAAGGCCGCCACCAUCGAGACGCUGCCGAUACCCUCAAAGGCGGAGGACCUCUACGACGUCGUGUCCGUGUUCGAGGUCGUGGAGCACGUGUCCUCGCCGGCCGAGUUCCUCGAUCGCUGCGCGCCGUUUGUGCGGCCUGGCGGGUGGCUUGUGGGCAGCACCAUUGCGCGGACGUGGACGAGCUGGUUCACGACGAAUCUGAUUGCCGAGGACAUUUUGGGGAUUGUGCCCAAGGGCACGCACGACUGGCGCAAGUACAUCAACGACAACGAGCUCAAGGGCAUGUUCAUGGGGGGUAAAGGGUGGGAGAUGCCGAGGGUCAUGGGGGUCGUGUACGUGCCUGGUCUUGGGUGGAAGGAGGUCCGGGGCAGCGAGAAGGUUGGCAACUACUUUUUCGGGGUGAGGCGGGCGGCGGCGGCGUGA